AGAGACGAGACUUCUCAAAAUAUUUUCUCCGUCUGGACGCGUUAUUUCCGCCUUAAACGCUUGAAAUUUUCUUACAGACGGCUGUUGAGUGAACCUAAGAUGCGUCGGCAGCCGUCUAUGCUGUAUUUGCGGCCCUUCAUGCCCCUGAUCGUGGGUUUAUCGCUGGGUUUUACGCUGUGUUUGGUGUGCCUGCCUCUGCUGGAGGAAGGGUGCACGUCUGAGGGUUCUGUAGACCAGGUGGCCAGACUGAGGAAACCCAACUCUGUACAGGAGUCUCCCGAACUACAGAACUACAACGACGAGGACUUCGAGCCCAGGAUCAUCACGGACCCAAAGCCGGUGAAGUCCGGAGGCAAGGCUCCGUUCCGCGCACGUUACAUCAGCACGGAGCUGGGCAUUCGGGAGAAGUUAGUGGUCGGUGUGAUUACAUCGAGGGAGAAACUGGACACGGUGGCAGUCGCACUGAACAAGACCCUGGCACACUACAUCCAUAAACUUCUGUACUUCACAGGCACAAGGAACGUGAAGGCGCCCGGAGGCAUGUACGUGGUGACCCACGGCGAUGACCGGCCCGUCUGGGAACUGGCGCAGACAAUCCGGUACAUUAACGACCACUUCCACCGGGACUACGACUGGACGUACCUAGUCACGGAUCACACCUACGUACAGGGGGAGCGCGUGGUGGAUAUAUUUGAUCACAUCAGUAUGAACAGGGAUGUGUACAUGGGCAAACGUGUACCGUUUAGAGACAUGGAUGGAUACUACUGCAAGGUUGGCCAUGGAGUAGUCCUGUCCCACUCGGUGAUGUCGGCUCUCCAGCGUAACCUGGAUGGUUGCAUGGAGACGAUAUUAGACCUGCAACCAGACGAGUGGCUGGGGAGGUGUUUACAUGACGUCAUGGGCAUCAGCUGUGUGGAGGAGUUCGAGGGAGUUGACUACAACACCUACCAGUUCUCUUCUACUAUUGAUCCUGAUAACGAGGACAGUCAGGAGUUUCAGAAGGCUUACACAGUCCACCCUGUAGUGGAACCAACAGACUUCUACAGACUCCAUCGUAGGUUCGCUCACAUAGAGCUGGACCUGGCUUACACCGAGAUAGAAAACAUCAAGACCCAGAUUAAGAACCUGAGCCACAAGACACCCGAGGGCGAGGCUGGUCUGACGUGGCCGAUCGGGAUCAACCCUCCGUUCAAGCCGCAGACUCGGUUCGACGUGCUGAGCUGGGACUACUUCACGGAGACACACCUGUACACCUGUCCGGACGGAGCGCCCAAAUGCGAGCUGCGGGGAAUCGACAAGCUGGAUGUGGAGGACAUCAUCGGGACGUCGGUACAGCGGCUCAACGACAAGUACCAGAAACAGGGGCUGGUGUUCGACCAUGUUCGCCUGCUGAACGGGUAUCGAAGGUUUGACCCUACGCGGGGGAUGGAGUACGAACUUGACCUCCUGGUGGGGGAAACGGGACCCGACAAAGUUCGCGACGUCGUGACAAAACGGGUCAAACUGCUGCGGCCGCUGAGCCAAGUGGAGAUAAUUCCGAUGCCUUACGUAACGGAGACAACGCGGCUGUACGUUAUACUGCCUGUCACCGUGCACGACAGGGAACAGGUUGCGAAGUUCCUGGACUCGUACGCGCAGGUGGUUCUCGACAUCCACGAGAACUCCAUGCUGACGAUCGUGUUCAUCUACGAUCCUCUCGACGCGCAGAACAUCCAAGAGGACGACGUUUUUGGCAUGCUGAAAUCGAUGAUUACUUACUACGAGAGAAAGUACCCGAACGCCAAAAUCCCGUGGAUCAGCAUCAAGACUGACGUGCCAACUCAGCUAAAAAUCAUGGACAUCAUUUCGAAGAAGCAUCCGGUUGACGCCCUGUUCUUGUUGGUGACUGUCACGGACGAACUGAGCAUCGAGUUCUUGAAUCGCUGCAGGAUGAACACGAUCGCGGGCUGGCAGGCGUUCUUCCCCAUCCACUUCGCGCAGUACAGCCCCGAACUGGUCUACGACACGAAACCGUACCCCGCGACGGUCGAGUUCGGGCGGGAGUUUGGCCACUUUGACAUCCACGCGUUUGACGAGGCGUGUUUUUAUAACUCAGACUACAUGAACACCCGGACAGAGCUGCAGAAACAUCGCAAGGACAACGAAGAUGUGUCCGAGACCUACAACCUCUACGAAAUGUUCCUUAAACACUCGGACCUUCACGUUUUCCGGGCGGUGGAGCCGGACUUACGACAGCGGUACAUGCCACGCACGUGUAACCCUCACCUGAGCGAGGAUUUGUACCACAGCUGUUUGGUCAGCCAGGCCGAGGGACUGGCGUCGAAAGAGCAGCUCGCAAAACUCAUCUUCGAACACGACAACGAGGUGAAAAGUCAGGCAGAAAACGCGGCGAAAAGUUAGGAUGACAUCUCAGGGUUCACUUGUAGUAGAUAAUCAGGGCUGUUCCAUUCCAAGAUUUCAAACGGGGGAGUUGCAACAUGAAUGUGGUGGGGGCAGGAAUUUAGUACAGGAAUUUUUAUACUCGAGCUCAAGCUCAAGUUUGGAAAGAUUUCUUUAUCAUAGAAUGGAACUGGAGACAUUAUGGUAAAAUUUGAUUUUGCUGAUUUAAAAAAAAGUUGCAAACCACAGGAGAGUAAAUUAGAAUGUUCUUGACCAUCAAGUUUUGAACGGAACGUUCCUUAUCAAAGUCUGUGAAUUACAAUCAUUCGUCAGAAAGGCACACCUGAUAUAGAUGUAUUUAUUUUGUUUUGCUCGACAUAUGUAUUUAUUUUUGUUUUCCAAGCUUACAGCUGUUUUUUUUUAAACUACUCUCACUGUCACCACUUAACAGUUUUCAGCAAAUGUAGAUUAAACCUAAGGACAAACUUCUGUGUUGUAGCUGUACAAAGACAAGGGGCUCUGCACAAGAUUCUUGGAGAAGGUCACAACUUUGCGUGUUAUUAAAUAAGAAAAUCACUGCUUAGAAAAUCAGCUAGUGCUGCUCUGUCAAAUUUCCUCAUUAUUUUCUACUUAUUUUGUCCCACCUCAAUUAUUCCUUGUAUGCAGCAGCAAAAAAGAGUUUUGAAGUAAUAUUUUAGUAGAAAAUAGAUUUAUGAUCUGGUAUUAUUGUUAAGUAGAUUCUUUAAAUUGAAUUGAUAUCCUUUGUGUCAAGAAAUUUUGUGCCCUUUUUCACAUGAAACUAUCACCUUUAUUCACUUUUGUUGUGUAUUGUUUUUUGGUGGAGGAAAGAUGUAUUUAUUCAGGAAAAAAAACAUUGCUGAUAUUGAAACUGUUCCUUUAUGCUGCAAAAUGUAGUCGUUACUGGAGAACGGUUGAAUGUCAAAUAC